AUGACAUUACCCAUUCUUUUCACACUCUUCACAUUUGUGAUUCUAUCCGCUUGUUCAAAGCAGCAAGAGUACUUGCAACCUCCCAAGGUUGACGAGUUCUACACACCUCCAGAUGAUUUCAGAGAUUAUAAAGUUGGCGAUAUCUUGAAGCUGCGAAAGACUCUAGCAGGUUUGCGAAGCAUGUACCUUCCCAUCAAUAUCAAAAACUCUUGGCAGUUGAUGGUCCGUUCUGAAAACACGUUUGGUGAGGCUAGCUAUAUGAUCACAACGGUGAUGGAACCUUUUAAUGCGGACCCGGCAAAGAUUUUGAGUUACCAAACUUUCCAGGAUAGCGCAGAUUUGGACUGCUCGCCUUCAUUUAGCGUACAGCAGGGUGCCUCGCGACUGGAUAUUGGUGCUCAAUUUGACAUGACUUUUAUCUUGAUGGCAUUGCAAAAUGGGUAUUAUGUUGUUUCCCCAGAUUAUGAAGGCCCGCAAUCUGCGUUUCUUGCUGGAAGACAGGCUGGAAAGGCGAUAUUGGACUCAAUCCGGGCAGUGUUGAGGUCGGGUGAAAUUACAGGGAUUAGUCAAGAUGCCGAAGUUGCAAUGUGGGGCUAUAGUGGAGGUGCGAUGGCGACGGGAUUUGCCGCUGUUUUGCAACCGAGCUAUGCUCCCGAGAUAAAAGAAAGGUUUAUUGGUGUUGCACUUGGUGGGUUUGCCACCAAUAUAACGGAAAUUAUUCAUGCUAUUGAUGGUGGAUUUUAUGCUGGUUUGAUUCCUGCGGCACUCCAUGGACUAGCUAAUGAGUACACAUUUUUAAAACCCUUGAUGCUUGAAUAUGUCGAUCCUGCACAAGUGGAAAGAAUGGAGAAAGCAGCAGACCAAUGUUUGAUCAAUGUAUGGGUGCGCUACGUGGGUUCAAAUAUAUUUAAUGGUAAAGGUGCAAUGUUCAAGAAUGGUGCCGAAUUUUUAAAGUUGCCGCAAGUGGUUGAUGUGUUGAAAGAUAAUAGUAUUAUUUAUUUGAAUGCAAGCUAUGUUCCACAAAUUCCAAUAUUUAUCUAUCACAGCUCAUUUGACCCUAUAGUUCCUAUAAAAGAUGUCUAUACUGUAUAUGAUAACUGGUGUGAGUGGGGAGCUGACUCCUUGGAGUUUUCUGAGGGGUGGCUAGGGAACCACAUCACAGAUAUCGCAUUAGGUGCUUUUGCGGGUUGGUCCUGGUUGGAGAAAAGAUUCGAAGGUGUUGAGCCGGUUGUGAAAGGGUGCCAUCACCACGUGAUGUAUUCCAAUAUCCAAUACCCCGGUGCAAUAUGGAAAGUAUUGGAUUAUUUCAAAGGGUAUUAUAACACUCUUUGGUACAAACCUUUGGGACGUGGUACAAAAUCAACCACCACAACAAACAUAACAUCUAUAGCGGUUGAAUACAUUAGCGAGAUAAAGAAGUCUAUGAUAGCAUAUUACAAGCAGCGGAGCCAAACACGAAAGGGAUUUAAUCUUGGGAGUUAUAUACUUUUCGAGUUGAUGGCAAUUGACUCAAUAGGCACUCCAUUGAGUCAGAAAAAACUAGAGACAUUAGAAGAUACUUUAUAG